AUCUCACUGACGCUAGUGGCGCUAACCACGCCGCGUUUUUAUUAUUACCAUAUCGCGGUGUGUUGCUGUUUAUCCAUCAUUUUCCAUUGGCGAAGUUUUUUAGUGGGAGAGAGAAGAGAGGACAAAGGGGUAAAAAGAAGAAGAAAAGAAGAGAGUUCCUGUCAACGGUUGUAAACAACACACGAGGGGUGAAGGUAAAAAAAACCGCGUCACGAAAAACAUUUUGCCGACAGGAUUAUAAUUGAACUACGGGCUUCAAAGCUCCGUAACUUUCAAGACGAUUGGUAAACAACGAGGGGACACCGUCGGCCUGGCGCGAACGGACUGCGUUUACACGGCACUGCCGGCAAUGGAUCACCGAGUCGGCGCGAUGCAUCUCGAGCAAAGAAUUAACGGCGAUAGCCGGACAGGUAUGGAGCAUCAUCAUCACCAUCAUCAUCAUCACCAUUCGCAUCAUAUGGAACACCGAAAUUCUCAAAACGUCAACGGUGUCAGGGACAAUCAUUUCCCUCAUAGAACCGCCGUUCUCUCGCCAGCAAGGGAACGUUUCCCGUCGUCGAGCAGCACUGACGACGAUCAAAGCGGUUCAGACGUUGAGCACGACUCAAACACGAUACGCGGCAAAGCUCAUUCCGGCAUUCUGCACCAUGGUGGCACCCAUUCGGUCCGUAAACGUCGUGGUAAUCUGCCAAAACACUCCGUCAAGAUACUCAAAAGAUGGCUCUACGAGCAUAGGUACAAUGCUUAUCCCAGCGACAGCGAGAAACUCACUCUUAGCCAAGAAGCCAACCUCACGGUAUUGCAGGUUUGCAACUGGUUCAUAAACGCCAGACGUAGAAUUUUACCGGAGAUGAUAAGAAGAGAGGGACACGAUCCGCUUCAGUACACGAUAUCCCGUCGAGGAAAGAAGAUGCCCGGUGGUAGUCAUCAACAAGCGUCCGACAUGAGCCCAAGACCGAAUCAGGAUUGGGAUCCUUUAGCUGGUAUGAGUGCACCGAAACGUAGCAGGGAUCACGAUUAUGAAGACGCUGCUAGCAUCAUGUACCGAAGCGAGGAAGACAGUCCCAACGAUUAUGAGAGUAGUUCCCACAGCGAGGAAGAACGUCCGUCUGCCCAAUGGCCAAGCGUGAUUGUAUAUCCGUUUGCGGAAACCAAAGUCGAGCAGACUAAUCAAUUGAGUUACGGAGAUGCGCUUGCACAUCCGGCGCGUCGAGGGGACGAAGACGAGUCGACGGUGAGCGAGGCAGCGUACUGGAGUGCACCGAGGCAACAUUUGACUACAACACCGGAUGUGCAGAACGAGACGGAGGUUUACAGUACGCACAACAAUCACAGUCCUCAUAACGAGGAAACACCACCGCCAACACCACCGGAGGAAGACAAGGACAAAUUCAAGUGCCUUUAUCUUUUGGUCGAGGCGGCGGUUGCAGUUAGACAACAGGAGAAAGAGCGCGAGGCAACGGUGCCGGUUUAACGUUGUGCAACAUGUGUUUUUUUUCUUCCCUUCGAGCACAAUCCUACGGAAAAGGAACGAAACAACAAACUUGAAAAACCGGUAAAGUCGUGAGCUUUUGGACAAAUAAGGUAUAAACGUGAGAGCUUCGACCAGUGAUCGGAACGGAAAGCAUAGGAAAGGAAAAAAACAAUCUCAUCCUGCACCGGUAUUUCGCGUUACUUAUAUUCUAAUUUUGUUUUUCCUCCAAUUUUUUUUUCCACUCGUUCCAUAUUAUCUUUUUCUCACUGUUGUGUCGCUCACAAAUCCAGACAGUCGUGCGUGAUUUAUCGAGUCGAACGGACGAAAAAUGAAAAGGACUGAUGCUUACGCGCACUCUCCGAGAGGAAAAUAUACAAAUUGUUUUUUUUUUCUGUUUGCGAUUCUGCUUUGAAAAUCUCGUCUCGAGCGGCAGUGAAAAUCAUAAACGUUACGUGAUUCGCGACCGCUCUUCAAGUACGUAAUCAAUCCAUACUAGUGUCAGUGACUUUGUCCGCAAAACAAUUUUUCCAUAACGUACGAAACAGAGAGAGAGAGAGAGAGAGAGAGAGAGAGAGAGAGAGAGAGAGAGAGAGAGAGAGAGAGAGAGAGAGAACGAAAGAAAAACCUUCAUUCGAUUGAAUCAAAGUGCUCAAUAAGAAUUAAUUGCGAGUGUUUCCUUGCGUUCAGAAUUCUUUCCUCAGUUUCAUUAAUAUUCUUUGUCUCCUUCAGUAGUUGCAAAAUACUAUAUCGUCGACGCAAACUUCGUAACAGUUUGAAAAACUCACACACAAUAACAUUCUGCCUCUAAUGUUGGCAAAAUCAUAAAUUUGGAAGAGAAACAAACGGAAAUUAUUGCGAAUCUUAAAUUAUCCGGAGUAGUGAGAAAAUCCCCCGAAAAGUUGUCACAUUACUUAUUCUCCAUUGCGUUAUUAUUCUGUUUACUUCUUUUGUUUAGUUUUUUCGUUCAGCGUUAAAUUCUAGGCUUUCUGGAAAAUUGGUAUCAUCCAAGUGAUUUAAAUUACUAAAAUUAUUCUUCAUAUCAUCGUGGCGUCGGUGAAAUAUUCGAGUUGAUAUUUUUAAUUAAAAAUGAUAAACUAACAUGUUAACGAUUGUUCGAGUUGAUUUAUUUUCCUUUUGUUUUAUUCUAUUUUAUUAUUUUUUUUUUUACUCCCGUACAAUCACGAUGCAAAACUGAUAUUUUCCAUCUCGAGUAUUUUUUCUAUCGUUUCAAUUUACCUACGAGUUUUUCUUUUUCGUUGAUUUUCUGAAUCCUCUACCAAACCAAAAUACACGACGAUGGUCGAAUUAUUACUUUUCUGUCGUCUCCCUUUUCAUUUUCGUUUCUUUUUUUACCUUCCAACGUAACACGAAUAAGACGACUCUCUUAAUCAGCGAUUUGUUUUUUUUUUAGAUGUAUGCGAAUUUCUAAAUCGAUCGGAAAACGCAAUAUUUUCAUUUUCAUUUAUAAUUCAAGCAAAUCAACGGAAUUGCUUACUCGACUGUGAGGCAUUUAUAUUUGUCGUGGCACAAUGAUAUUUUUUUAUCAUUUCUGACGGGAUGGCUGAACCAAAAUGAUUGCCUUAGGAUCAAGAAAGAAAACAAAACGAGAAUAUUUUGUCAAAAACUCGCCAACAUAUCGUAGGAUCGAUUUAGAACUUCGUCAAGCAAAAUAUCGAUGAUCAUCGAAUUACUUGGGUUUUGCGAUGAACUUUUUUUUACAAAACAAAAGAAAAAACGCGUUAUCGAGGGUACUGAGAGAAUAAACGUCACGAAACUGUUGUCUGUUACGCGGAAACAAAAUGAAUAUAUAUAUAUAUAUAUAAAUAUAUAUACACGUCUGUAUAUCGUGGAAUGAUUGGUACAAACGCCAAAGACUUAAUUAACUAUUAAUAAUUAAUAAUAACAACAACAAAAAACGAGCAGAUAUCCCGAUCGAGCGUUUUUGCGUAGUGUGCUAGACGAAGCGCGAAAUUAUGAGCAUCUGAAUAAAUGUGCGUAUGAAAAGUUGUAUGCGAGCGAUAAAAUGAAAAAGAAGAAAAAAAAACAUACGAGAAUUCAGGACGAAUGAUCGAUUCGUAACGUUUCUCUUCUGCGUAAAGACCAUUGAAUCCAUACGAAGAAAUCUUCUUUCGUAAAAACAAACACGCGGGGAACUCUUUGCAAAAAUAAGCAAUGAAAAAUGACGAAAGACAAAGUUAUCGAGUGUACAAAAAUGACUCUUGAAAUUUAUUUUACUAUAAUGAGAAAAAAAUACAAAUUAAUGACCGUGGUCUUAGAAAUUAGUUUGACUACUUAGUGUAAGUCGUUAGUUUUUAAUUACAGCAGUGAGAGAAUUAAACUGGGCAGUACGAAGCUGAGUAAUUUUUUUUCUGACAAAAGAUCUCGUUAAUUUGGUUUUAGAGAGUGGUGGAAUUAAAGACUCGUACUGCCGGUCCAAGAUUUACUUAAAAGCCCGUGAGAGAAUGAUUAAACACCCCUUAAUAAUCAGCAAACCCGAGGAAAAAGCCAUUGAAUGAGAUAGUAGCAAAAAAACAAACGAUUUAUUCGCGUAGAAUUUCGUUCUCCGUUGAUUUUUUCUUUUUCUUUUAACAAGAGUGACAAAUAUAUAUAAAUCUAUAUAUUUUUUUUUCGUUCGUAAGAUUUGAUGCGAAUCGUUGCUGGUUAAAUGUUAGGCUGUUGUUUAUUGGUGAAGAAUAUAAAUUUUUGAAAUAAAUACUGUUAACUAUUGGUAGUCGUAGAAUGGGCGAAAACCACAUACAUUUUUCAGUUUCUCGGUAUGAAAGUGAAAAAGGACAGAAAACCGUCUUCAACGUUAGAGAUUCUGGAAGGGGAAUAGCCACAAAAUUUCCUGAUUUUUGUGCUAAAAUUCAUUCGCGUGCUUCACUACCCUAAAGUUAUAAAAUUUGUUCAUUUUAUUCGUCGCCUUAAAAUUGUAUUUAAAAAAAAAACGAAUAAGAAAUACAUUGAUACAAAAAACGUGGUAAAUUUUUAAAAGUUCUUUCAUUUUGAUAAUAUAAGAUGUUAAGCCUCUUCGAAUUUGUCAUCUUCACAAAAUUACCUCUCUAGUUAUUCAUAUUUUUGUAAAUUCCAUUAGUAUUUCUUUUCUAAGUUCAUUAUUUUUGUGUACAAUCCGUACUGCUGUUCGAUAUAAUAAUUAUAGUAUCGAUUGAAAUGUCUUCAAAAUUGCUACGUGCAAAUUUUUUCGCUCCGCAUAAAAAUUCGUUUUAGCAUAAAAAUCAAACGUAUGUAGGAGUAAAAACUUUUUCAUACACCUCGAUAAAUGAAAAAAAAUGAGGGUGGCUCGGUACUUGAAUGAGGCGAAAGAAGUCGAUUCAAAAUUUCUACAGAAAAUCACCAAUACUCGUGUUCAAAUGCAACAAAAUGUCUUGAAUAAUAGCAGUUUUACUGAAAAAAAAUUAGUGCUUACAAAAUUUCUUUGGAAAAAUUUUUUGAUUGGGCCACCCUGCCAUAGUUCUUAAAAAUUUAGGUGAAAAAAAAACAAAAAAUUGAAUGAGCAAAAGUAAUAAAGUAUGAAGAGAUUGUGCGCAAAAACUUGUUGUUUUUCAACGCACAUUUCGAAACGAACCAGUGUUCAUUGCCGAAUAGCGUCCAAAGUGUCUUAAAAACGAAAAAAAAAAAGAAAAAAAAUAAUCAAGUCUCCUCGAAGCUGCCCCACUGUGAGUUUUGCCCGUCUCGUCAAACGUGCAAGAAAUAAAAACAGCCUCUCUUUUUGUAUAUCAUCUCAAAACAGAAAAAAACCCCAUUGAAACGGCCUCGCGUUCAACAAAUCUCUCGAGGUCAUUUUCCUUCCUUUCAAAUGCCAACAAAAAUCAUUUCAAGUACAUACAAAAGCACGGUGAUGUAUAUUGAAAAAAAAGCAACACAAACUAAAACUAGCUACAAGAGAGCGAGAAUAAGCGGCGAGAAGUUUAUAGUGAAAAGGGCAAUCCGCGUUUAGAGUUCCUAUGCCUCAAACCCAAUUUAAAAGGAAUGAAUAAUAGUAGUAACAAGAAAUAACAAAUAAACUGAUAAACAAUGUAAAUUCUCCAUGUACAGAGACGAACCGUAAAAACUGGGUUUCAAUACUGAAUUAACGUAUAACCAUUUAUUGUAGUGAAUACAUAAAACAUAUUAACAUAAUUAUUAUUAUCACAAUUUUUAUUAACAAUAUUAUUGUCAUUAUUAAUAUUAGAUAUCUAAAAAAAAAAAAAAAAAUACGUCGUUUCUCAUUUAUAUUAAUAGUGAGUGAGGUUUUUUGUCUUGCUAGGAACAUAGCGCUUAGAAUACGUAAAUAGGUGCGUUUGAGCGAACACAAGGGUGCCUUGUUUCGGGAGGUCUCUUUUUUCACGAAGUUGACCUCUUUACAGUAACGUAUAUUUUGUAAAUCACGACUCCAAUCAUGCAGAUUAUCCCCAGAUGAAUAAUAAAAUUCUCUGCGACAAGCGAUUGCAAUUUUGAGAAAGAAAAAUCUGUUUUUCUGACUAGGCAAAGCGAUCAAAAAUAGUUUGACAUUUGCGACGUCGAGGAGAUUUUCAUCGAGGGAUAAUUUGUCGAAAUUGCGUAGCAGAAAAAAGCCUACGUUUUAAGUAUUUUGUAAGCUAUAAAAUGCGCAAUGAAAGAAGAAAAAAAUUGACACUGUAUCAACGAUGCUCUUCCCAAUUUAUAUAAAAAUCAACGAAAAGAUAAAAAAAAAAAGCAAAUGAAAAACAGACUCAAGAAGUUAAGAAUUUAUCAAUGCAAAAAACUGUUUUUAUACGAAAUUCUCUGUUUUUUCUUUUUUUUUAUAUAUAUAUAUAUCUACUGCAUAUGAAAAUGAAAAAAAAAAAAAAGUUUCUUCAUGUCCGUGCAUCGAGGCGAACAAAUGAUUGAAAUGAAAAUUCGUAUUCGUACGUUUGAGUGAUACUCGUUGUUAAUUGUUAAUGAUCGAAGGGGAAGGCAUGUCCUGGCGUUGUGCCGUUAGCGUAAGUGCGUCUAGACUGUUUUAUAUCGAUGCUUCCAAACACACAAAAGAAAAGAUAAACUGACGAGAGCUUAAAAUAAAAACAUAAACGUGAAUACAAUUAAUUGAUGUAGGCUUAGAAAAGAAGAAAUAAAAUUGACACGAGACGACUCUCAGCAUUUUUUUCACUCAAAAACCGCUCACGAAGCAUAGAAUAAAUAACAAUAAAUAUUUGAUUCCAGUUAUUGACACGGAGACACCCUCGCAGUGAGAAAUAUAGUAAUCAUUUUGUUUAUUUGAAAAAUAAUAUCACGUUUGCGAAAAACUCGGGAGGGAGAGAGCGAGACACGCAUAUUCAUGAUGAAUAUUUAUUAUCUAGUUUACACAUAGAUAAUGUUGAAAAAAAAUUAAAAUAAACCGAAAAGGUCCAGUGGACUAAGGACGCAACUGCGCUUGCACGCACGCUCAACUAUCGAUAAUUAAUAAAUUAAUUAGUAAAACAAAUGGACAAAACAAAGGAAACGAAAAAUCGAAUAUAGUCUGUGAAGAAUACAAGGAACAGUGGUAGAAUGAGAUUUUUCUUUUCUAUUUUCCGUUUAAUUCUCGAUCACACUAUCCUUUCUUCAUUUCGUUUUUUGCAUUACCGAAUAUUAAACAAUGAAAAGAUUACGAACAGUUGAAGAGAAGAAUGACGUAUGUUAAUAUAUCGUUUUAAGGAUGUUUUAUUUCUAAGUUCAAUUCUUCGUAUAUGUGUAUGUACAGGGUGCCAUAAAGAAAAAAAAAUGACAUACUGUCGUAAAUGGUUUAUUAUCAUUACACCAUCAAUCGAGAAACUAAUGCCGCAGUCCAAUUUUCGUUCGUCGGUUUUUUUCCUUUCUCUCUUUAUUUUUCUUUCGUUUUUAUUAUUCUCUUGCUCCGUUUUCUUUUUUCAAUUUGUACACAACUUGUUGUAGGUAAUGUUUUUGCUAUUAUCGGAGACUGGACGACGACGACGAUGAGAAACGAUGAUGCCAUCGAAAGCUUUUCAAUUUUUCCUCCUUAUUUUCCACCGUCGAGCUGCGAAUGUGCCAAUUUAAUUUAGGGACUGUAGGGACGAGGUGAAACAUUUCUCACGUGUCCAACGUUUGGAACGUUUGUUUAUCGAGUUUAUAGUAAUUUAGACGAAAGUGUGCGUGGGCGUGUGUAUGUGUGCGAGAGAGAAAAUCAUGCGAUGGUUGUGUUCAUUUUUUUGUAAGCGCAACGCCACUUUUUUUAUUACAACAAAAAUUCCUUGACCAGAGCUCGAGAUCGUGAGUUUGAGAAGAUUAAAAAAUAAACUAAUUAGAGUAUGAGAAUCGAAGGAAAAGCGAAAAGGAAAAGUGGAUUGCGAGAUUGAAAUUUAAUGAUCGUCGAGCAGGUGAUAAUUAACAUUAUGAAAAAAUAUUCAUUGACUCUCGUACGUCGUGUCUUUUGAUGAGAAUUUAACAACUAUUUUGUAAUUACGUCGUCGUCACGAGUCACGAUUCAGCAUAUGGUCAUUUACGUAAUUUUAGAAUAAAAUGUUAUUGUAUUGAACUAUUAUUCGAUUCGCAGACCUACAAUAAAGCAUGUUGUGAAUUUGAAAAAAUCA